AUGGGAAUUUGUGCCAGCACUAAAUAGAUCUAAGUUCCUGCUCAUGAACAUGCUCCUGAGACAGAGUAUAAACCUUUCGUUUUCGACACAACUAUUCUUCCUGAAAAGCAACCAGAAGUUAUAUCAAAUAAAACACACACUGUCGCUGAUCGAAUUGUGCCUUAGCAUACUAUUGUCAAUUAAGCCAAAACAGAAUAUGAUUUGGCUCUUGAAGAAAUGUAUUGAUUUUGGAUCAUAUUUAGGCACAAUAAAUCAUUAGCAGUAUUUGAGGAUAGUAAGUUUCCACCUGUUCGAAGUAGCCUUUCAUCUGAUCCCAAUUUUAAGAAGGGAAAAGACAUUGCAUGGAAGAGACCAGAAUAGUUUUUACAGUCUGGUCAAAUCAAGUUGUUUGACGUAUUAAUCCAUAUAAAAUCAAUAGUCAAUUGAUCCAAUGGACAUCAAGUAAGGAGAACUUGGAGAUUGCUAUUUUUUAAGUUCCUUGUCUGCUUUGGCUGAAAUCCCCUAAUAAAUCUAGAAAUUAUUCAGAAAUCAAGAGUAUUAAUAAAGCGGUAAGAGUAUUAUUUAAAUCUUUAAGGCCUUUAUGGUAUUUAUAUGUGUAAGAAUGGAGUUUUGCAGGAAAUAGUUGUGGACGAUCAUAUUCCUUGUAAUCUGUAAGGAGGUCCGAUAUUUUCAAAAGCAAAUGGAAACGAAUUAUGGGUGCUUCUGUUGGAAAAAGCUUAUGCUAAAUUAUUUGGGUCUUAUCAUAAAAUUGAAUCAGGAUUAGCAAGUUGUGCCUUAAAGGAUUUAACUGGAGCUCCAAGCGAAUAUUUUAUCAGAAAAGGGGAAACCUUAAAAGAUGCUGAUUUAUGUUGGGAGUUCAUGGAGAAAAAUGACAAACAAAAAUACAUAUUGACAGCAUCCUCAGAAACUAAUGAAUAAGGUGUAGAAUUAGACAAUGGAGGUGGUAUAGUAUCAUAGCAUUGCUAUGCAAUUUUGGAUGUGCAAAGAGUGACUGGAAGUGAUGGACAACCUGAUAGAAUCAUUAAGAUAAGAAAUGUAUUACAUUUAGUAUAAAUUUGAAUAGCCUUGGGGUAGAAAAGAAUGGACAAAGGACUGGAGUGAUAAUUCUGCAAAAUGGACACCUGAAUUAAGAUAGAGAUUAUAAGUAUAAUAAAAGGAUGAUGGAAUCUUUUGGAUGAGUGUUAAAGAUUUCAUAACUGAAUUUAGUUAGGUUUGUGUUUGCAAAUUUAAACCAGAUUAUUUCUAUACAGCCACAACGUUGUAAGUUAAUGCUUAGGACACGAUUACAACAAAAGUGAUCUUGAUGAAGGUGUAUUAGAAAUCACAUGCAUUUAUUUCUUUGACCUAAUCGGAUAAACGAUUUUUCUAAAAAGGUCAUUAAUAUUCACUAGCCAGAUUGAUAAUUGGUGAAUUAGACAAGAAUACAAAAGAAGUUUUACAUUAUUCAGGUUGCGCAUUUGAUAAUGAGAGGGAUAUCGUUGUUGAAAAGUUAUUUGAACCUGGAUAUUAUGCUUUAUAUAUUGAAGUAGAUUGGGCUUAAAAUUAUGAUCGAUAUUUAGCCAUUUCUUGUUACGGAUCAAAUUCAGUCUAAUUUUCUGAGUUGCAAUUUCAAUCUGGUCAAGAAAAAUUGGCUAUCAGUACAAUCUUUGAUGGAUUUCUGAGAGCACAUGAGAGAGACACUGACGAGGAAAAGGUUAAAGAUAUUGAACCGGGAAUUAGAAGGAUUUCUGGAGUCGUUGGUGGCUAUCUUUAUUAUUGGUAUCAAAAUUAAACAACCAAAAAAACUCUUUAGGAACUUCUUCAUUUGGAUAAAAUAUAAAACUUAGAAAUCUGUCCUCCUUAUACGAACCCUGCUGAUGUUCAAAUACAAUGCAAGCCUCUUUCUACUGUCAUGGUCAAAUAUAGAGUUACUAAACAAGGUGGAGGUUCCUAUGGAUACGCAUUGAAAUGUUAAACACAAGUUGUCGAAGCCAAAUCUGAAUAAGAUAUCAUUCAACAAGCUCUCCAUAAGCCAGAUUAAAAAGUUUAGAGAGCCAUAUAAGGAUAAGUAUAAUAUUUUACAUAAAAAGAAUAUACAAGUCUUCUUUUAUCUUGUUAAGUUCCCUGCUGGAGUUGCUUUCUUUUAUGAAAAUAAGGAAUCUAAAACCUAUUAAGAAACCAUUACAUUUGAAGUCACCAACCUGAAAGGAGUAGGCAUAGAUAUUUCCAGAGAUGUAGUCGUAGAAAUUACUCCUGGGCAAUCAAAACUUAUCUAAUUGCAAUCCAUCGAUCCAAGCAAAGGAUACUCAUACAAAUAAUCGAUUAUGUUUAAGUUAAUAUGAG